CAGGGACUCACCGGGAAAGAUACUACUGUAUCCAUAGGCUUUCUUCUGAGAUUUUAGCAUAUACAUUAUACAUAUACACAUUUCUUCCCACAAACAUAACUAUGUAAAAUACAGUACUAGUAGUUGAUUUCUUGGCGCGAAUUCGAAGAUUAUCAGGUUUCUGAGAAAAAUGUCUGGACCCUCGGAUCGAUUCGCCAUGCCCUGUUUCGAGGAGAGACGGGAAAGAAAAUCAGAUUAUGAUAACUCAGAGGAUGAAAGAAGGACGAGAAUUGGGUCACUGAAAAAGAAAGCGCUGAACGCUUCUUCCAAGUUGAAACAUUCCCUCAAGAAAAAGAAGCGCAAGAAUGAUAAGCGAGUGAGCUCUGUUUCAAUUGAAGAUAUUAGGGAUGCUGAGGAGUUGCGAUUUGUUGACGUUUUUCGAGAAGCACUGCUCUUGGAUCAACUCCUGCCUCAAAACCUUGAUGAUUAUCAUAUCAUGUUGAGAUUUUUGAAAGCGAGGAAGUUUGAUGUUGAUAAGGCAAAGCAUAUGUGGGGUGAUAUGAUUCAGUGGAGGAAGGAUUUCGGUGCUGACACCAUCUUGGAGGAUUUUGAGUUUAAAGAGUUGAAUGAAGUAUUGAAUUAUUAUCCCCAAGGAAAUCAUGGUGUGGAUAAGGAGGGAAGACCUGUAUAUAUGGAAAGAUUAGGGAAAGUCGACCCCAACAAACUAAUGCAAGUUACAACCAUGGAUCGGUACAUAAAAUACCAUGUCAGAGAGUUUGAGAAAACUUUUGUUAUUAAGUUCCCAGCCUGUUCAAUUGCUGCAAAAAGGCACAUUGACUCGAGCACGACAAUACUCGAUGUUCAAGGCGUGGGAUUCAAGAAUUUUACCAAGUCUGCACGGGAACUUAUUAUGCGACUCCAAAAAAUUGACGGCGACAACUACCCUGAGACUCUUCAUCAAAUGUUCAUCAUCAAUGCUGGUCCUGGUUUUAAACUUCUCUGGGGUACUGUGAGGUCCUUCCUGGAUCCCAAAACUACUUCCAAGAUUCAUGUUCUUGGAUACAAGUACCAAAACAAGUUGCUUGAAGUGAUUGAUAGCAGUGAAUUGCCAGAAUUCCUGGGGGGCACCUGUACUUGUGCAGAUCAAGGUGGCUGCCUUCGGUCUGAUAAAGGGCCAUGGAAAAAUCCUGACAUCCUUAAGAUGGUUCUCAAUGGUGAAGCAGGACGAGCCAGACAGGUAGUGAAAGUUCUAAACAGUGAAGGGAAAGUAGUUGCUUAUGUCAAGCCGCAAUACCCUGUUGUUAAAGGCAGUGAUACAUCCACUGCUGAGUCGGGUUCUGAAGCUGAAGAUGUAGCUUCUCCAAAAGCAAUACGGAGUUUCUCACAUCUUCGGUUGACUCCUGUCCGAGAAGAAGCCAAAUUGAUUGGAUCAGUAAGUUAUACUGGUUCUUUCUCUGGAUAUGACGAAUAUGUACCCAUGGUUGACAAGGCGGUUGAUGCCGUAUGGAAGAGACAGGCGUCCUUAAAAAAGCCUAUUGCUUCGGGAGAAUCAUCAGGAACACCUGUGUCAUCUGUGAUCGAGAAGCCACCAGAAGGAUACCAUGUCCGGAUCAUGGCAACGCUAAUGACCUUCUUCAUGACCCUUUGUACGGUUCUGUAUUCAGUGGCAAGCUUUGUAACCAAGAAACUUUCUCAAAACCCAUCACAUCAGAAUACAAGUCCUCAAGAGUCUGCCUUUAAUACAAUGCCCAGGGAAAAUUUAUUCCCUCCAUCCACUCCAACGUCUAUCGAGAAAGACCUACUAUUCUCGGUUCUGAAAAGACUCGGUGAACUUGAAGAAAUGGUUGAUGCACUAAAGGCAAAGCCGUGUGAAAUGCCAUAUGAGAAAGAGGAACUGCUUAAUGCUGCUGUCUGUCGUGUGGAUGCACUAGAAGCAGAGUUAAUUGCUACCAAAAAGGCUUUGCAUGAGGCCCUGAUGAGGCAAGAGGAGUUACUUGCUUACAUAGACAGGCAGGUAGAAGCCAUGUUCCGGAAAAAGAAGUCGUGCUGGUGAACACGGGCGUGAAAACUUGUCAAAGUCUUUCUCAUCUUUCAGAUUUCAUCACUAGACCUAUUACUCAACCUUUGCUCAUAUUGCUGAAGGAUUUAUCUUACAGUGCUUCACGAGCCUUCAUGUCGAAAUAUUGUACCGAGUUUGUUUGCUACUUGUGUAAUUUGUACAAACCUAAAACCUUUUGCAGCAACUGCAAUGAUGGUAUGAACUACUAAGGUAGCUUUAUUGCAGUCAUAUUAUGAUAUUAUGGAGAUGGUCUUCUUCUGUAUAA